AUGAGCAUCGUUCAAAAGAUUAAAGAGAUUGAGGAUGAGAUGGCACGUACUCAAAAGAACAAAGCCACAUCAUACCAUUUGGGUCUGCUGAAGGCAAAGUUGGCCAAAUAUAAGCGUGAACUUUUGCUUGGACCAUCAAAGGGAGCAGCUGGUGCUGGUGAAGGAUUUGAUGUGUCAAAGGCUGGUGAUGCCCGUGUCGGACUCAUUGGUUUCCCAUCGGUGGGCAAGAGUACACUGCUCACCAAACUGACGGGAACAUCGUCAGAGGUGGCCUCGUACGAAUUCACAACGCUCACAUGUAUUCCAGGUGUCAUUCAAUACAACGGCUCCAAGAUUCAGUUGCUCGAUUUGCCAGGUAUCAUUGAAGGAGCCAAGGAUGGCAAGGGUCGUGGUCGUCAGGUCAUCGCCGUCGGAAGAACAUGCAAUCUCAUCCUCAUCGUGCUCGACGCCAUGAAGCCAUUGGUGCACAAGAAGAUCAUUGAGCGCGAACUCGAGGGCUUUGGCAUCAGACUCAACCGCCAGCCACCCAACCUCACCUUCCGUCGCAAGGAGAAGGGUGGCAUCUCCUUCUCCACCACAGUCACCAACAACCAUCUCGACGCCGAGCUGGCAAAGGCUAUCUGCUCCGAGUACAAGAUCCACAACGCCGACAUCAUUCUGCGAUGCGACGCCACUGCUGACGACCUCAUCGAUGUGAUCGAAGGCAACAGAAUCUAUGUGCCAUGUCUCUACGUUUUGAACAAGAUCGAUGGUAUCUCCAUCGAAGAGCUCGAUCUCCUCGAUCGUAUCCCUCAUUACGUACCAAUCUCUUCUCACUUGGAGUGGAACCUUGAUGUACUCCUGGAGAAGAUUUGGGAAUACUUGAACCUUAUUAGAAUAUAUACCAAGCCCAAGGGACAGAUUCCAGACUAUUCAUCUCCAGUUGUCAUCAGAGGUGGAGACGUGUCCACAGUGGAGAACUUCUGUAACCUUAUUCACAGGACUAUUUUGAAACAGUUUAAAUACGCAAUGGUUUGGGGAUCUUCAGUGAAACACAAUCCACAAAGAGUUGGAAAGGAUCAUGUUCUGGCUGAUGAGGACAUUGUCCAGAUCGUAAAGAAAUAA